AUGCUGCCGCUAUCGUCCUUUCAUGCUGCUGCCUGCUGUGUAUCUAUGAUCUAUCAGCUCCGAUGUCCUCACCCUCGACGUGAAGGGCUGAUCCCUCACCAAUCUGCUGCAGGAAAGGCGUUCAGCAAGUGGUGGGAAGAGAGUCGUGAGCAGACUCUUGUCCCCAAGAAGCUCCAGCACAAGGGCGUGUUCCCGUCCUUCCUCAACGGACUCCUCCUCCGCAAUGGUCCUGCCAUCUGGAGUGGCAAGGGGAGGAGCUACACGCAUGCCUUCGACGGGCUGGCCAAACUGACCAAGUUUGAAGUGAAGGAGGGAGAGGUGUGGUACUCGAGCAGGUUUGUUCGCUCCCAGUGGUACAAGAGGAUGGUAGAGGAGGAGGAGGACGCUCCAAAGGCUAUCAGCGUCGGCCCGACCGAUCCACCUCUCAACCAGCUCGACAAGCUGCUGGCCCUUUUCAACUCUGACUCCUUCGACAAUGCGCCCGUCAACGUCCACCAGCUGGGCGGUCAGCUGGGCCCUUGGGUGGCGGUCACAGACGCCCCUCUCGCCAUGGAGUUUGACAGGGAGACUCUAGAGACUCGGGGGAGGCUUGACAAGCGCUACGUCAACUCAGUCUGCCAGCUGGGGGGGCUGCUGCUGUUCAGCACUGCACAUCCUCUGCCUUGCCCUGUGACGGGGCAGACGAUCAACUACUUCCUUGAGCUCAAUGUGCUGCAAGGGAACAGGGCCCUCCUCGUGCGGACGGACGACAAGUUAGCACGGCAGCUGGUGGGGAGCGUGAGGCUGGCAGCGGGGGAGAUACCCUACGUCCACUCCUUCGGCCUGACUCGCACUGGAAAGGCAAUUCUCAUGCUCUGCCCUCUUCGGAUGCCUCCGGCCGCUCUGCUCAACGGGAGCUUCAUGCCAUCGCUGGAGUGGUGCGGAGAAGGUGAGGGUGACAGGACAAGGAUCUAUGUGUUCGACCUCAAGGAGUCCAAGGUGGAGCCGAGCUGGACGUUCGAGGCAGACCCGCUCUUCUUCUACCACUGCAUCAAUGCGUACGAGGAGGAGGAGGAGAUCGUUGUAGAGCUCUGUGGCUACAACACCCCGGACAUCGCGACCUCCCCCCACGCGUUCGCGUACCUUCCCAACAUGAAGGACGGGCAGGAGAGGAAAAAGCAAGCACGGGAUGGCUCGCUGUACAGGAUGAAGCUGCCGCUGAAGCAGCAGGGGCAUGUGACCGUCAAGAAACUUGAGGCCCCGUGUGAUGGGAUGGAAAUGACGUUCGAGCUCCCGACUAUCAAUCCGCAGCUGGUGGGGAAGAAGCAUCGGCAUGUGUACGGAUACACAGGUUUCGGACGCGGCGACGAGAGCGACUUCACUGAGUGGGCUGUGCUGAAAAUCUCUACGGAUGACGAUGGAGUGACUAGUGUGCUCAAGUGGGAGGAAGAGCAGACGUAUCCAUCCGAGCCAACGUUCGUGCCCCGACCUGAUGGCAAGGAGGAAGACGAUGGAGUUGUGCUGGUCCAGAUGUUCGAUGGAAAAAGGGAAGAAAGUUUCCUCCUCUGCCUUGAUGCGAAGAACAUGAAGGAGAUAGGGAGAGCAUACACAGGCCAGCGAUCGUCACCCCAGUUUCACGGGCAGUUCGUGCAGAACAAUCAAUGA